GCCAGCAGUCUGCUACUCGAUCCAGACUGCUGGCUACAUGAUCCCUCGGAAAACAUUGUUCGGUGUCUCUCUCGUCGCUCGACGCUCGAGCCCUUUUACAUCCAAUCACAUGGAAAAAAGGAUGUCUCUGCUCUGGCACUGAUUCCUCCUCUCCUUUCUCAUUUCCCCCCCCUCCCCUUUCCUAAUCUCCUACCCCCCUGACCCUACCCCAACCUCCCCUCACCUCUGCCCCCUGUCCCCUUUCUCUCACCCUCGGUCUGACCUUCCCUUCCCUUCUCUCCUCCCCUGUCUCCCCCUCUCUUCGGACCCCCUCGACAAUGUUGCCAUGUGUCCAUCAGCUGCAGCUUCUUCUGGCUUUGCUCUCGUCUGUCUGGCUGUCUUCUUGGGGGCAGAACUGCCCAGCUAACUGCCAGUGCCCCGACCCCCAUACCGUGGACUGCAGCGGCCGGGGACUGACCCGUCUGCCGGACGCCAUCCCCCUGGACGUCCGCAGGCUCCGGCUGUCCGACAACUGGAUUCCCUGGAUCCCCUCCGACUUCCUGGUGCUCUACAGUGACCUGGUCUACCUGGACCUCCGGAACAACUCGCUCUCCCGGAUCGAGCCCGGGACCCUCAGCACCUCGUCCAGGCUGGUGUUCCUGGACCUGGGCAGCAACAACCUGACGGAGAUCCCCUCGGGGACGUUCGGGGAGUCCCGGAGCCUGAUCAAACUGCGACUCGGCAAUAACCCCUACCUGAGCAUGGUCAGCAAGGACGCCUUCAUGGGCCUGACCUCCCUACGGGAGCUGGAGCUGGAGCAAAACGCCCUGUCUGGCCUGGAUGUGGAGGUCCUGGGUCAGCUGCCCUCCCUGAGGCUGGUGCGCCUGGAGGGAAACCCCUGGGUGUGCAACUGCAACUUUGCCAAACUGUUUGCAUGGCUGAUGAAAAACAGGCAAAAGCUUCCAACAGGCGUUCAUGGCAUGGAGUGCUCACUUCCUGUGGACGGGAGGCGUGUGGCGCUGAGCCAGCUCUCCGAGGACAGUUUCCGGGAGUGUCAGGUGACGCUGACCCUCACUGACUAUUUGAUCGUCAUCUUCUCCGGCAUCGCCGUCUCUGUGGCGGCCAUCAUGACCAGCUUCUUCCUGGCCUCCACCGUCCACUGCUUCCAGCGUUGGAGCAAAGCCAAUAAGACAGAAGAGGAGGACAGCGAUGCCUGAAAACUUCCCCCUUCCUCUCCAUCUCCCCUGCCUCCAACUCCUGACUCCUCCCCCAGCCCCCAACCCCACCCUAUCACCCCCGGCAACCUGCCCCAUCCCUGCUCCUCUGGUAGGCCGGCCAGGAGAGGGGCAGAGAGACUGUUCCCAAUGCUUUUAGCAUGUGAAAUCCCACAGGCGGCUCUGCUGACCCAUGCAAGGUGGUCCGGGCUGCAGCAAGGUGUAGAGGGGAAGGGGAGUGGUAUUUAAAAGCACUUAAAUCAGCCGAGAGAAGAGAGAAGCUGCCAUAGACUGGAAAUACAUUUAAUGGAUACUAUUUUUUGUGUCCUUCCCUCUGCACUGUAGACAGUCUUACCUGUUCAAACAGUCUUAAUUUGUAGGGCAGGAACAGUGAGCUAGUAGCUGGUCUCACUUUCCAGGUGAUCAUCCUUUUAAGAUUUAAUCCAAAUCCAAGCAAACCGCGAGGCAAUGAUUCAUUUAUUUAUUUUUUUGGUGAUAACUGAACUUUAAAAUAUGGGGCAGUUUAUGAAUUAUUUAUGAAUAUGUUCCUUUAAGGGGUUCUGAGUCUAGCACUGUGCUGAAACAGUAAAUAAAAUAAAUGAAGGCAUAACCAUAGUGAGUGGCUGACUGUGAGGUUUGCCAGUUUGCACUUUAAAUGAGGGGAAAUGAUUGCAUUUGGGGGUUGCUGCCACUCUUCUCCAUUUAAUUAGCUUGAUUUUGUCAAAUGUACCAAAGAUGGGGUAUUAAAGACAUGGGGUUCGUCUGACAGUGAAAACUGAGGUGAUAUCUCAGUGCACUGAGGCUAAUCUGUUGAGUUCUCAGUAGCGACAUUUCUAAUAUAAUUACAAAUAGCUAAAAAGCAGUGAAAGGAAAUUCCACAGGUUUCAAUUAUGCUGACAGAGAACCUUAUAGAUUUGUCAGAUAGAUACCUAUUGAUGUCAUAUAAAGAUAUUUUUUUAUCAUGCUGAGGUUUAUUUGCAUCAUUCAGUUUUGCAACAGACUUCUAACUAGGAAAUGUAUGAUAAUAUGAUAGCCCGGGGGGGGGUGGGGGGGAAGUGUUCAACUGCGAUAAGAUAAACUAAAUUUUGUUGUCGACUCAGCAACAGCCCAAGAGUUUCUGGCUUUGUUCUAUCUUCCUACGGAGUAGUAUCAACAUGCAUUAAAUGCACCGUACGAUGGCGUGCUGGCUCACUCAGCUGGUUUUGGGAUUUCACAUAGUAAUGGUAUUGAUGAGUUUGACUCACUGUUGGACUCGGUCUAAUGCGGCUACGCGGAUCCUGAGAGAGGACUUUUGUUCCAGCAUUCAGAAUUCUUCCAGACUGCGAAGGGGCCUUGGGCCUCCUUUUUUUCUGCUUUUUAGGGGUUGCUUAACGAACCAACUAUGUCUUAUUCCUGCUGUCUUACUGCCCACGCUGAGGCCGUGUUGCCCUAAUACCGAGCCUCAGUGGAAAGAUCGUGGUUAAAAGGUUGUACAGCUCUUCACAGUGCAAUGGGAGGCAUGGUUUUAUCAUGCACAAAAAUGUAUUAUAGUCUAUGAAAAAAUAGUUACUGUGGAAAUUCAGGUAUAGUGCCUAUUCUGAGACAUACACUGGGUUCAUUAGAUAAUGUAUCAUCCUUUUUUCAGUCUGACUAAUGAGAAAAUAGUAAAAUAGCGAUUUUAUUUUCUGAUGCUAAAACGUAUGUAAUGUAACCAGUAACAUGCUUUGGUGUUCCCAGGAAAUGUUCUCAUGCCCAAUGAAAGUUAUAUGCAAUGUAUGUAGUGCUUUGAGGGGGCUUUUCUGUACUAGACAAGGACCCCUUAUUGUUUAGAUAUCUCAUCACCUGCAGCUCCAUGGCGACACUUUGGUUUGCAACCACCGACUCUUGAAUAAAUUGUCCUUAAGAAUUCACUCGAUACGUCUGGAGUCAGCAAAGAAAAAUCUCCAGCUGGCCAGAGUAUAUCAUUUUGAGCUUAAGCCCGAAGUACAUUUAAGAUCCAGGUACAGUUGUGAUGUAACUUAAACUGCUUUCACCAUUGUCUACUGUGUAGCUCCAAAUGUGUGCAGUAAAUGGUAUUUGUUCCUGUCUUUCACUAACAACACAAAUAAUCGAGGCGUGACCCUCCUGACGAUGCUGCCAAGCUGUGUAUCUCUGUAGAUGACAUCCAGCUACUGUUCAUUUGCACUGUAAUUUCUGUACCUGUGUUCUGAAGUGUAUCCCUGUAUUCAUUUGUCACGGUCUGUUCCAUACAUUGUAUUCACAUUUUUAUUUUGGUUUCGAAGGUCAUAGAUUUGCUUAAUUUCCUUUGGUUAUUAGCCAUAAUAGUAUUUUUUUAUGACAGAGCAGAUCUCAAGGAUUUUGGUACAGUUUGAAGGUUCUCCUGCAUUUGGCUUAUGUGUCCGCUUUAGAUUCAUAGAUUCAUGCUUACCGUUGCCAUGGAGCAUCCUGCGCGUGUCUCAGUGUGACAGUUGUGUGCUUUACUUCACAGAGGCGAUUCCAGGUAUUGUAUAAACCUACAGUAGCUUCCCUACUGCCAGUCCAUCAGUAAUGACAACACCACCAUCGUCCCCAGGGCAACGAGAGCCUGUUUGAUCAUACGGAUUCUGUUUGCAUAAUCGAAAACAUUUCCCAAGUCUGGUGAAAGUAGGAAGAAACGUGUCAUGACUUGAAAAUGAAAACAUAAAUCCAAACCUAUUGACUCACCCUUGGGGAAUGUCGCUUAUCAGGUUAUUCCUAUACGGACACGGGAGGAUCCGGGAUUUCAAGGUGGGGGUUGCUGUCCUGAAGGCUGUGGCUUGUGAAACGUUACAAAUUUCCCUGGGAACUUCCGGGAGGUGGAGUGUCAAACCGUCAGCUGGAGAUUCAGAAAUAGUUUGCCUACUUACACCAUUUACUCAGCCUGUCCUGAACUUUCUAUCUAGCAAUCUGCAAGCCCAAACCCAGUACAGAUCUACACAAUUAAUCUACUGGCAGAUGAAGGGGCUCCACUGGGGGUGUGGGGCUUCCUCCUCUGUGAAUCCCAUAAAUCCCCUCUGGAUCUGCUGGAGAUAGAGAAAAAAGUGAGUAAUUAAGCUGUUGGUGCAAUUAUGGCAGAAGGGCGGGGGGACAAACAGUGAGGUUGCACAUGGUCUUCCGUCCAACUCCUGGCCCUGGGUUUCAAACUGCAUUAGCAUAUCCAAAAACUGAGGCAGUCAACAUUAAAGUAGUAUUGUAUAGCUCCACCACACCAUGCAGUGACUGGGCUAGUUGCUUGUCUAUAUGAAGACAGAUUGUAAAAGGUAGUCUGGGUCAUCUCCAUAACACAUUGACAUUUAUUGGAACUGAGAUGGUCUUCAAGUAUUAUCGCAAUGUUAUGGACAUUUAUCCACAUGUUUCUGGUACUCAGACUAUGGGUCUUAUGCACAAAGAAGUAACAGAUAUUGCUGCUGGUAAAAUCUGCAUUGUGAGUGCAUUUCCUUUUAUCAUUUCAUCUUUCUUAAUCUUUAAGAAUAUUAUUGUUCUUAGCAUUUUAUAGUUAUUAUUUUUUACCAAAUUCUUCUUUUUUGCUGAAGUGAAUAAAAAUCCCAACUGCCAUGCUGUUAAAUAAGUAACUAACACUGUAAAAUUGAGAUAUAUAUGUGUAUAUGUUUAGUUAUAAAAUUCUAAAUGAUAAAAAAGAUUUUUUAAA